AUGGAUACCCAGUUUAUCUACGACCUUUUAGGGGAAAACGCGUGGUUGUACAUCGGUGCCACCUUCGUGGUGUUGUGGUUUUUGGUGUGGCUGUACAGAGACAGCCUGGAGAUUGAAAGCAUCACAGACAAAUAUGUCUUUGUGACCGGCUGCGACUCUGGGUUCGGAAACCUGCUGUGUAAGAAGCUCGAUCGCAGAGGUUUCCACGUGCUGGCCGGCUGUCUCACAGAAAAGGGAGCUGAUGACCUGAAGAGGGUGGCGGGGCCUUAUUUGAAGACUGUCCUGCUGGACGUGACCAAUCAAGACAGCGUCCAGAGAGCCAUGGAGUGGACCAAGAAGGAGGUUGGCGAUAAGGGACUUUGGGGUAUUGUGAACAAUGCUGGACGUUCAUUACCCAUGGGCCCUUCAGAGUGGAUGAAAGUGGAGGAUUUCCACAGCACACUGAAAGUCAACAUGAAUGGAGUGAUCUCCAUGACGAUGACCUUCCUGCCCCUCAUCAAAAAGGCUCGUGGUCGUAUUGUGAACGUAGCAUCGGUGCUGGGCCGUGUGGCUGCAAACGGAGGUGGAUACUGCAUCUCCAAGUUUGCUGUUGAGUCUUUCUCUGACUGCCUCAGGAGAGAUAUAAACUACUUUGGAAUCAAUGUGUGCAUCAUUGAGCCGGGGUUUUUCAAGACGGCAGUAACGAGUCUCGACCCCCUCGAGAGGGAGCUGCAUCGCCUGUGGAACCAGCUCAGCCCUGAAGUACAGGCCAGCUACGGAGACAAAUACCUUGAUAAGUACAUCAAGGUCCAGCGUUUGAUCAUGAAUGCUGUCUGCGAUUCUGACCUCGGCAAGGUGACAGGCUGCAUGGAGCACGCUCUGACUGCUGCCUACCCACGCACCAGAUACAGCCCUGGCUGGGAUGCCAAGCUCAUCUGGAUCCCCCUCUCUUACAUGCCUUCCUGUGUAGUUGACAUUGGGCUGAGGCUGGUGCUGCCUCGUCCAUCAAAGAGCGUGUAACUCGUGACGACUUCAAAGAAAUGUCUUCAAAGUUAUCAGUCGUGUAAUAACAUUUUGUGUCAUUUUGAUGCAGUACAGAGGUUGACUUAAAGAAAGUGAUCUUGCCUUUUUUUAAAUACCCAUAUUCCCCAUCUAGACUGGCCAUGCAAUAAUCUGAUAUUGCUGUUAUUCUAUUUAUAUAUC